UCAAUGAUACAAAGACAACACUAUAUGAUGGACCGGCGUCUUUUCAUAGCAGUUCUAGUGAUGUACAUAUUGAUUGGACGAGGAGACGGAAAAGUUUGUCCGGUCAGCCGAGCCAAACUCAACCCAACUCUCUACAGAAAUGCCACUUGUCCGGGGGAGUGUUGUUUCGACUUAAGCUUCAAGUUUUGUUGCGACGCAAUCGAUGAUGUGAACGAGCCUGUUGUCAUCGCCUUCUGUGUCAUCGUUGGUGUUGUUAUCAUCGCUGUUGUCUUCAUUAUUUGUUGCUGUUAUGAAUCUAAAAAGAAGAAAGUGCCAGAACCAGAAGAAAUAGACGAAGAAGAUGAUGCCGGACAGAACGGUGACCAAUAUAUUUAUCCGUCAAGAGUCGGAUUAGAUCACCAUGGCUACAUGUACCCCAGUCCAAGGGGGAACCCUCCUCACCAUGUCAAGUAUUAGUCGACUUGCAAUCCACCCUUCUUUUUUUAAUACCUUUGUGCAUCUGAACUCGCACAAAAACUAAUUGAAAGUGAUAGACUUUCCUUCAAUAAUGCAAAAAGGACUGAAAUUGUUCUGGAUUUUCCGAACGAUGAAUGAGGUAUGAGAAUGUUUUAACGCUAGACCAGUUAUCACCAACGGGACAGAUUUACCCUUAGAAGACGUCUGCCAACCUUUUCCUUGACUGACCAGCAGAUGUUAGCGAAAGCCACGAUAAUAACACCGCACUUUUAAAAUGGUAAUUUUUAAGAUAUCAUACGUAUGCGGACGAUCAUUCAUCUCUGGGCUUUAUACUAUUUCUACGCAGAACAACAUUCUUGCCUGUCAGAGGCGUAGCUAGCCCUUGUUCAGAGUGGAUUCAUGUAAAAGCGGCCUUGUUAGGGAGACAAGGGGUACAACAAACAGUGUUUUUAGUUCUGUUUUGUUUUUCUGUUUAAAAAUUGGGGGAUUUCACGUACCAGCGUAAAGGCAGCUACGCGCCUGAAUGUAGCACCAGUAGUAUAU